UUCGAAUUUUCUCCAGACAACGACUCAACAACUAUUUUAAUUCGUUUCUUAUAGCGAUCAAGUUCAAAAGAAAUUAGAAAUGGCACGCUGGUUAUUUCUUUUCGUUUUAGCUGUAAUUGCUGUAUCUGUUUUGGAAGUUCAUGGAUCAGUUUUUCACAAAUCAGUAAACACUGAUAAUGGAUUUUGUGAGGACCCAGAAUAUGGUCGCAUUCCCAUCGGAGGUACUGGUUACAACGACGAAAAAUGUCGACGAUAUUCAUGUUCAGAGGGAGCUAUUUCUGGGGCUAGCUGUGGAGCCCAAGAUGCACCUGCUGGCUGCUCUCUUGUUAGAGGUACAGGACAUUACCCAGAUUGCUGCCCCAGAGUGAGAUGUGGUUCUGAAGACUCAUCCGAUAAUUAAAUCCUCUCCUAAAAGCUUCAAGCUGAGUUAUAGCAAUUUCUGGAUAACCUAAAGAAAAUGUUUAUUAUAUAAGUCCUUGUUCUGGCAUUUUUAAUUUGCUUUGUUAAGCUUAGUGGUAUGAUACGAAAAAUCGCUUAUCAGUAUUAAGUAUUGCUUGCAAGAAGUACGCAUGUGUAAAACAUAUGUUCUAAUAAAUAUUUCAUCUAUUCA